AUGUUCGUCUACGCCAAGCCCUCCUGCCGUCCGUGCGCGCGCCCGUGCGCACCCUCCGCCCUCCACCUCAUCGUGCUCUUCCUCGCGGCCCCGCUCCUACUCCGCGUAGCCGUCGUGCUCCUCAGCUCGCUCCUUCCGUUUGCGCUCAUCGCCCUCGCUAUGAGCGCGCUGUUUUGGCAUCCGGAUCCCGUCCUCUUUCACUUCACCAAGAAGGACUGCCAGGCAAAGCGCCGUGAGGCCCAGCCUCCGGGAAAGGCGAUUCCCGCCGCGUCGAAAAGCGAGAAGUUUGACGUCACGAUUCCCGCACCGGGGAUCGCACAGGAGGACGUGCAGGCGGAGGUGAAUCACGAGAACGUGCUCAUCAUCCAAGCUGAGACGGACUCCUUCAACGGCGAGCAUCGCGCGCGCUUCUGCCGCGCCAUCCGGCUUCCCGCUUCGGUUGACGUCUCGAGUCUUGCAAUCGAGGUCACAAACGGCCUGGUUCGCGUCACCGCGGGCAAGAAGCAGCCCAUCAAGGUGGCCAUCGUUCCUCCCGCAAAAUCCGAGCCAGUUGAUGCAGAGUCGGGCACGGUUGAUGACGCGGACGCUGCCGACGCGAACGCCACCUCGGAAGCCGAGGGUGACGGCCUCGGCGACGGCUUUGUUCGGGUCCGCGAGUCCAAGUGA